AUGAAGAUUCUUGUAAUACUUUGUGUAGCCUAUGUUUUAAGGCUCUGUGGUUGUGAAAGUUUAGAUGACAUAAUUGCCAGAUUUGAUGGUGAAGUUGCAAAGACCCAAAAGCUUCUGGAAGAUGCUCAAUCGACUCUAAAGGGUGCUGAAAAUGCACUUGAAGAGUAUACCAAAGCUUGUACAGAAAUACAAAGUUCUAAAGGGAAGGAGGUAGAAGACGCUAGAAAGGCUUUUGAGACUGCACAAAAGACCUUAGGUAAAGUAUCCGGGUCUGAUGCUGUAUUACAAGCUCUAAAAAAAGCACUGGAAGAUCUUGAUAAAGGUGCAAAGUUCGAGCCACCCUCUGUGGAGAGUCAGGGGAAGGUUGUUAAAGAAGCUCUAGAAAAAGUGGCAGACAUUCAUGAUUUACUAAAUACGGUAAAACCCCUGGAAAAACUUGAUGAAGGUAAUCAUGAACAACAAUCAUCGGGGACUACUCCGGUAGAUGCCAAACCGAAAGUAGUUGAGCAUACCACAGUUUCUACAAGUGAUCCUGUAGAGAAAUCACCAACUGAAGAAAAUGUAAGUGAACAAGACACACCCAAAGAUACUGAAAAAACAAGUAACUCCGCGCCAGAAGAGUCCCGGGAAUCAGUAAGUAAUGAACCUAAUGAAACUCAAUCGGAGGAAGUGACACUUCAGAAACCUGUAGAAGAAUCUAAGACUCAUAUAGAGGAAGAUGUUACUACUACUGAUGAGGCUAAAUCUGAAGAUCUGAAACCUGAAAAGGAAUCUCAAAGCCUUGGUUCUUCUGAGCUUAUAGUGAGCACCAUGUCUACAGUUAGUAAACCAAAAUUCCCUUUAAAUCGGACUGGUGCAUCAGCAACUUUGAAAUUAUUAAAACCUGACUAUUCAAUAUACCAAUUCUUUGAAUAUCACCAUGAUGAUAAUCACAUUAGGCUAGUAAUUCCACGAGAUAGUCUAGUUGUGACUAAGAUAUUGAACGAUACAAAGACUAUAUGGUCAGGUAAACGUGGAGAAGUCUUGGAAUAUGCUAAAGUCUACUUAAAUAAGGAUAAGAAACCUGAACUAGUAUUAGUCACUCUCAUAACUCCAUCUGGUGUAUUACGAAAGGAUUAUAUAAAGGGUACUUCAAAUAAUUGGAAGGAGUUCAAGGGUGAUGUAAGUACAAAGAUAAAUCCGCUCAAGGUCACUACAGAACACAAGAGAGACUCCAUAAUAGACUUGAAGAACGAAAAGGAUACUUAUGAAUGCAGAAUCUUUAGUGUAAUUUUCCUUGGAGUUCCUACUCGCUCAUAUUCCCCAAAACCAGGUUACAUUGUCAAGGAAGUAAUGGAUGGUGAGAUAUCCCUGUGGAAGGCGGCCGAAGGUACAGAUGAGAGGUGCUUAUCAUGUGAGCUUUACACGAAAUAUGAACACAACAUCCUCUAUUUAAGCAAGAGGAAACAUGGUAAAAGGGAUGAUGCUUCAUUUGAGUUUUCUGACGGAACAUGGAAAAGCAUAAGUGAGGAGGAGUUUCUUAAGAAAUUUCAGGCCAUGGCAAAUGGAUCAUCUAAAAAACCUAAAGCUCCUGAAACAUCUCCUGUACCAGAGAUCGAAAGGUCGACAUCUUCUACAGAUCUAGGAUCAUCUAAGUCUGAACAAAAUGUCCAUAAUGAACAUACAAGUGAAACUAAAGUAGAACAUUAUAUAGGAGACACUGAUGAAGUAGAUCCAGAACAACCAGGGCCAAAUGAGGCAAAGGAGGAAGUCUCUACAGAAGCUCUUGAUGAGGUUAAACAUGAGAUUUCUGAACAUGCAUCAACUCAUACCGAUGUUAUAUCUAAAGAUACCAAAACUGAGGGAGAUAAUAAUUAUCCUACGGACCAAAAUGAUGAUGCUGUGUUCUCCACUCUAUCUACAGCUGCUUUGGGUUCAGUAUCCUCAGAUAAUGGAAAAGACAGAGAUAAUGAAGCCUCUGAACCUCUUAAAGAUCAAAUUAAAGAAGGCUUAGGCCUUUCUGGUUGGGGUCCAGAGAACAUUCUUGGAGCCUUUGUUGGCGUUUUUACAGCAUCUACUAUAACUACUUUUAUAUCAUGA